CUGAUGUAUUCUCUGUCAGAACGAUAGGUGGCAGCAUUACAUCUGCAGACCAACCGCUGAACCUCCUGCUUGCGAUGGAGAAGAAGCGCGUGGAAUAUUUUUAAUUCUUAUGUCAGGCGUUCAGUGAACUCGACAACCAGUAAAAUUACACCGUAGGGCCCACCAAAAUCUCUUACAGUUAUUUGACUUGGUGUGCCACAUAAUUACUGACAAAUCUCGUUGGAUCAUGCAUCCUAUAGAAGUGUCAAUCCCGUCUUUUCGAUCAGAGGGCAGUAACGUGGAGAAGGGCUACACGGUUUUUAAGAUCGAGGUGCUCAUGUGUGGUAGACAGCAUACUGUUGAGAAACGAUACAGUGAAUUUCACGCCCUGCAUAAAAUGCUUAAAAAGACUAUUAAACCUCCAGAAAUCCCUUCAAAGCAUGUGAGGAACUGGGUUCCUAAGGUCCUUGAGCAGAGAAGACAGGGACUAGAGCUCUACCUCCAGACUAUAAUCAUGGAAAAUGAGGUUCUUCCAAAGAUAUUCUUGGAUUUCCUCAAUAUCCGCCAUUUCCCGUCACUGCCAAAAACUGAGAGUUGUGGAUCAUUUGAAACUGAAUCAGAGGAAUCAAGUAAACUGACACAUCAACCAGCACUUCUCUUCCAGAGGGAUCCCUAUCUGCUGCCUGCCACCAACGAUACGUUUUCAAAUAUGGUUAUUGAAGGUGUGAUACGUGGAAUAUUUUAUCCAGACUUCCAGCCGAGGUAGAUCUCAGCACUGCAGACGGCAUCACAAGUUCACGGAUGAAAAAAGGAUUCAUAUUCAUACACCAACACUAAAUCACGCAGCACCAGUUUAACAGACUCACUCAUUACAGCCUUUAGAGUGUAGUUUGGUUUCAACACUCCUUGAGAUUUUGUUUUGUUUUUGUGUUCUGCAAAUGUAGUAAUUGAGAUUUCGUUUUAGUGAACAUACAUAUUCAUAUUGCCGACUGCCGAAUCAAGGUCUCAUUUAAUAUGAGAAGUACCUCCGCAUGUAUUUGCACAUCUCUCCUCGUGUCAUAUAUGAGGUCAGAUGGAUUCUCAUCCACUGACUGUAUGUUUCUCAAGAUGAGGUGACUUAUCAAAUAAGGAAGUUGUUGGAAGAGCCUUGAACCUUAACAUUGUUAUUGAAUUAUUGUAUGAACGUUAUUUACUUUUUGUUUUUUGAUGUGGCAAUUGUUGAUUACCAGCUUAUAAUUUGCAAAAAGGGAAGUAAUGGGUGAACCAAACCAGUGUAAAGCCAGUGUGUAUAUAUAUAUAUAUAUAUAUCUUAUGUCCAGCCCAGAACUGUGAAAAAGAGUUACUGUUAAAAGUAAAAAAGAACUUAAUUUACCAUGCAAGUUAGCUUUGCUAACCUGGAGCUAAGUAAAUCCUUUUCAGUGGGUUAACUUCUUUGUAAAUGCAAUUUAGUCUGGACUAAUAUUAGUCUAAAAUUUUUAGGAACUUCAGUGUGUAGUAUGAAAGCAUGUGAACACUAGUUUUAAAAGCUUUUACACUACUGAUGGAAGUUGUAUUGGUGAAGAUAAUGCAGUUUGACAGGUUAUAUGAGACAGCUGUUCAACUUUAAAUGUUAUAAAGCUAACAGCAAAUGAAAAUGGAUUUAUGUACCAUUUCAAGCAGAUCUACAGAAUUUCAGUGUUUGUUUUCAUUUAUAUGUCUUAAUUCUGUGUGUGGAUGAUGUGCCAUUCCAUUGUUUUAUUGUUGACACUUUGGAUUGUCUCUUGCACUUUAACAAGGGUGAAAAGAUCAGUUGUAACUGAAUAUCAUUUUAAACCUGAUAGCAAUAAAACAUCACACAUUUAUUCUA